CCUUCUUGCUAAUCUGAAUCAGAACAAUUUGAAAUAUGGAGCGGAGAGCAGCCGAACGCCAUCUUUCAUGCAGGGUGCGAUGAAUCCAGCAUCUCCCAACAAAAACACUGGAUGUGAGAAAAUGAUUCUGCUGAUCUGUAACAGAGCCUGCACUGGCCAUCAAGGACGGAGGUUCGGUCUUCCGUUUGUACUAUAUCUAGAGCGCUCUGUGACAUGGGAUGUGUUACAGAAAGAAAUUCUGGAGAAAAUGCGUCACCUACUAAGGCCAGGGGUUUACAUUCAGGUUGGACCCUUUAGUCUGCGUGUGGUCGGAGUAGUUGGAAUCACAUAUCUGUUGCCACAGGAGGAACAGCCACUAUGUCACCCCACUGUGGAAAGAGCAUAUAAAUCCUGUGGGCCAGGUGGACCUCCUCAUGUUAAGAUUGUAGUGGAGUGGGACAAAGAGACCAAGGAAUAG